AUGGUUAUUGUUGUUACCACAACUGUCGUGGAUUCUGUUGGUGACUCGUUGGGGAGUAAGAAUUUGUUUGGCUAUAAGAAGGUGGACUCAUUGGAGAAUACGACGGACUCGAUGGAGAAUAAGAAUUUGUUCGGUUAUGAGAAGGAGGACUCAUUGGAGAAUACGAUGGACUUGAUGGAGUGUAGUAACUUGUUCGGCUAUGAGAAGGUUCUCUUGGCGGACUCAUUGGAGAAUAAGAGGGACUCGAUGGAGAGUAAGAAUUUUUUUGGCUAUGAGAAGGUUUUGUUGGUUGAUCAGGACUCAUUGGUGAAUAAGAAUUUGUUAAGCUAUGAGAAGGCGGACUCAUUGGAGAAUACGACGGACUCGAUGGUGAAUAAGAAUUUAUUCGGCUAUGAGAAGGUCCUGUUGAUUGAUCAGGACUCAUUGGUGAAUAAGAAUUUGUUCGGUUAUAAGAAGGAGGACUCAUUGGAGAAUACGAUGGGCUUGAUGGAGAAUAAGAGGGACUUGAUGGAAUGUAGUAACUUGUUCGGCUAUGAGAAGGUUCUCUUGGCGGACUCAUUGGAGAAUAAGAGGGACUCGAUGGAGAAUAAGAAUUUGUUCGGCUAUGAGAAGGAUUCAUUGAUGAAUAAGAAGUCGUUCGGGUAUGAGAAGGUUCUGCUGAUUGAUCAGGACUCAUUGGUGAAUAAGAAUUUGUUCGGCUAUGAGAAGGUUCUGCUGAUUGAUCAGGACUCAUUGGUGAAUAAGAAUUUGUUCGGCUAUGAGAAGGUUCUGUUGAUUGAUCAGGACUCAUUGGUGAAUAAGAAUUUGUUCGGCUAUGAGAAGGAGGACUCAUUGGAGAAUACGAUGGACUUGAUGGACUUGAUGGAUAGUAACUUGUUCGGCUAUGAGAAGGUUCUGUUGGUGGACUCAUUGGAGAAUAAGAGGGACUCGAUGGAGAAUAAGAAUUUGUUCGGCUAUGAGAAGGAAGAUUCAUUGGAGAGUACGACGAACUUGAUGGAGUAUAAGUGGGACUUGAUGGAGCAUAGUAAUCUCUUCGGCUAUGAGAAGGCUCUGAAUAUGAAGGUUCUGUCGGACUAUAAGAAGAACUUGCUUGAUUAUCUAGAUCAAACCUUUACUAACUCUGAGAGUCCUAUAAUGUGA